AUGAAUAAGCGUAAAACAAUUCUUGAUGAGGAAACUAUUUCCGUUUCAUCCAACGACGAUUUUUCGCAUCAUGAUGCUAAUUCCGAGAAUGAAACAACCAAUAAUGUUGGUACUACUCCUCGUGAUGCACACAAUCCGAAGGCAAAGAAAACAAAAAUCAGUCAUAACGAUUCAUCAACUCCUAAAAAAGAUGCAGCACAGAGUAGUUACCAAGAGAGAAGAACUUCUGCAAAAUUAUCAAUGAUCACCACCCAUUCAAAACCUUCAUCCGCAACAAAAGCCACAACAAUGUCCUCACCUACAUCAUUUAAAUCCACAGCAAGCACUCCGAAAACACCUACCAAUCACAAGAACGUCACCAGCAAAAUAUCAAGCAGCAAGUCCUCCAAAGCAACUCCAUCAAGCAGCAGCAGCAGCUCUCACCACGGGAAAUCAUCUACUAGUAGCAAAGAAGAAAAAACGCCAAAAUCUUCCUCAUCGGCGUCCAAAACAAGAACCACCAAUUUGAUCGACCUUUCUCCAACAAGUUCAGAAGAGGAUCAUGAAAACGACAAUGAGAAUACUGAUAAUAACUUAACAAUUGGAGAAAUAAUUACUCCCCUAGUGGUAGAAUUCUCUAAAAACAAAAUUCAUACCUAUUUUCCAUACAAAUUUUCAACUAUUGAGGAUUUUGAGAAAGUGGUGAAAUGCAUUGAAGAAAAAUAUAAUGAAUCAAAUAUUUAUGUGAAAGGACCUGAUCUAAAAGUUAUUAAGGACUGGCAUGACCAUUUAAAAAACCAAAAAACAAUCAUCGCUUCUAGGGUGGUUCGAAAAGAAAAAGCAAGAGAUGACAACACUUUUAAUAUUGAACAAGAAGAUAAAAAUUUCAAAACAAUCAACAGAUUAAUGAAUAGACUCAGAAAUAUUCUUAUUAACCAUGAAAACCAUGAUACAACAGACAUGUCUCGAUUGACCUCUUGUAUUAAAGAGCGAACGGAACGAAAAAAACUCGAACAAGAAGAGGAACGUCAGUUACAAAAAGAACACAAUGACCUGCGCUCAAAAUCUGAAGCGGAACAAAAGAAGUUUUUCAUUAAGAGGGAAGGCCCAAUACAAGGUCUCAAAGAGUACUAUGAAUGGUCAUCGACUCUAGCAUUGGGAGCGCAUUUAUCAACAAUGGCCAACACGCACAACAAGCAAUUUAGUGUAGUUGAUAAAUUGUCGCCGUUCGCUCCAUCAGCCGAUAAUGAUGAAGAUGACAUUUUGAAUCAAGACAUUCUCUAA